CAGUGACUACCGUGCGGUACUGUAGCCUACUCAGCAAAAGCAAGCGGAUGGGAUAAGUCGAAAUAGCUUGCACUUCAGGUUUCCAAAACCCUCAUUCGAUACCGCCCAGUCUCUCGGAGAAAAAGUGAUUGUGUUUCGGGAAGACACAGGCUCUGACACAUGAAAGGAAAACGCAUACAGAUUCCAAUGUUGUAGUUGAAGACAGUUUAUCUUUUCCACGCACAGUCUGAUCUGCUAAAGGGAGUAUUUCAUAUCAGAUUUCACGUUCAGUUCUGACCAGCUGGGAGAGCAGAGAGAGAGGGAGAGAGAGGGCUUGUUUCUCUUCCCCUCCGACUCUGGGUCUUGGAACUCAGGAGCGCAGGAAAGCGAACCACGACGUGGAACCCUAAACCUGUGUAGGCAAGAUAAAACGUCCGUCAGAAUUUGUUAAGGAUUCUCUUUUGCGAGAUUGACAGAGGUGAGAACAAAUAGAUCGUAAGAGAUGGACGAGCAGCCGCGGUUGAUGCACUCUCAUGCGGGAGUAGGGAUGGCAGGGCAUCCCGGCCUGUCUCAACACAUGGAAGGCACCGGAGGAACGGACGGCGAUGGGAGAAAACAGGACAUUGGAGACAUUUUACAGCAAAUAAUGACCAUCACAGAUCAAAGUCUAGACGAAGCUCAAGCUAGGAAACACGCCUUGAAUUGCCACAGGAUGAAGCCUGCUCUCUUCAACGUCUUGUGUGAAAUCAAAGAAAAGACAGUGCUGAGUAUCCGUGGCGCUCAGGAGGAGGAGCCUCCAGAUGCCCAGCUCAUGCGAUUGGACAACAUGUUGCUGGCGGAGGGCGUGUCUGGACCUGAGAAAGGGGGCGGUUCUGCAGCGGCUGCGGCUGCUGCUGCAGCCUCAGGGGGCGGGGCAGGAGCGGAUAACUCAGCGGAACACUCGGACUACAGAGCCAAGCUCUCUCAGAUCAGACAGAUCUACCACACAGAGCUGGAGAAAUACGAACAGAUGGUAUCCCAGUGCGGAUGGAGGGGGGACAGUUACACAGGGAGUCAUGGCAACGGAAACAAGGCUUGUAACGAGUUCACCACCCAUGUGAUGAACCUGCUGAGGGAGCAGAGUCGCACGCGGCCCAUCUCUCCCAAGGAGAUCGAGCGCAUGGUGGGGAUCAUCCACCGCAAGUUCAGCUCCAUCCAGAUGCAGCUCAAACAGAGCACCUGCGAGGCCGUCAUGAUCCUGCGCUCCCGCUUCCUCGACGCCAGACGGAAAAGACGGAACUUCAACAAACAGGCGACAGAGAUCCUGAAUGAGUACUUCUACUCGCACCUGUCUAACCCCUACCCUAGUGAAGAGGCCAAGGAGGAGCUGGCCAAGAAGUGCUCCAUCACAGUUUCACAGGUUUCCAACUGGUUCGGAAAUAAAAGAAUCAGAUACAAGAAAAACAUUGGAAAGUUCCAGGAAGAAGCCAACAUGUACGCUGCCAAAACUGCUGUGAACGCGACCAACGUAUCCUCACACGGGAGCCAGGCUAACUCGCCCUCCACUCCAAAUUCUGCAGGUUCUGCUGGAUCUUUUAACAUGUCAAACUCCGGCGACUUGUUCAUGAGCGUGCAGUCUCUCAAUGGGGACUCGUACCAAGGGGCUCAGGUGGGAGCCAACGUGCAGUCACAGGUGGAUACCCUUCGCCAUGUUAUCAGUCAGACAGGCGGAUACAGUGAGGGCCUCACAGCCAGCCAGAUGUACAGUCCGCAGGGCAUCAAUGCAAACGGAGGCUGGCAGGAUGCUACCACCCCCUCAUCAGUGACAUCCCCCACAGAAGGACCCGGAAGUGUUCACUCGGACACGUCCAACUGAUCCCUCCACCCUUCUCCUCCACCACCGUCCAGACAGCCCCAACCUCCACCCUCGAUCAUCUAGCCAGCCAGCCCCCCUCCCCAUCAGGACUGGAGGUGACACACUAGACUCGUCACAGGGCAGGAGUUCUCUCUCUACGGGUGGGGACUACAGAAUGAAACACCAUCACCACCACCAGACAGUUCUUUACAACCAAUCAUGACACAGUCAGUCAGUCAGUAGCCUGAGUAGGGCUCUUUCCUUCCACCUAUCUACAACCCCCUCACUGUUUGUUUGUACAGUUUUCUUCGCCAUAUAUCCAUGUUGCCUCAUUGUGUGAUCAUCUGACUUAUAACACAGUAGGAAAACAGUUACAACACGUGUAUACAGUAUGGCCCGUAUCUUGUAGAUUUAAAUGCUUUUCACACUACCUCUAUUGAAAAUAACAAGAAAACAACAACAACAACAAUGGGACAUCUUCUAAAUAAGCUUUGUUUUUUGUUGUUGUAAUUACUGGUAUUGACAGUAGCUCUCGAACUCCUCUUGUCCUGUCUCAAGGCUUGUUUUUAAGGACAGUUUUGCCUUUGUGACAAGUUUCACCCAAUAUAAUUACUUAAUUCACAACAUCAAAUAAAUACUAUUAAAAUUGUCCAGUGCCAAAGUUCAACACAGGAGAUGAAUUUGUAUAAUAUGAAUUGUGCUUGUAAAUAAAACAUCCCUCUGACAUUUCAUAUGAAAAAUGGUUCAUUACUGUAUUUAAUAGCAUUUCAUGUUAGUAGAGUAUCAACAGGGUGCUUUGAAAAGGAGAUUCAACCUUUCCUCCUCAUUUUAAGCAUUCCGUUUCAGAGCUUCUACAUCGGCCAAUAAGACAUUAAACAUUUUUACUACAAGAAUGGUAGCCUAUGUUUUCUGCUCAUACUGAAUGCAGCAUAGCAUGAGUGAUGAACAAUGCACAAGCAAACAUGAGAGUAACAGUCUGCUCCAGAAUAAAUGGAAGAGACUGUUUGGAAGGUCAGAAGGGAAUGGAUCGUGGUGAUUCUAGCUACUGGAAUUCUAAUAAAUUCACUGCUCUUGAAAUAUUGUUUGUAGUGUGCACUGCAUCCAGAGACCAUUGACCUGCAGAGUUUAAAAUCUACCCAGAACACUUAAUCAAUGAGUACAUUAGCAUCAAUUAUAAUAAGCCAAUAUGUCUUUAAACACAGUGACUUACAGUGAUUACCCUGGGUAACACUUAUAUUUGUCAAAGAGAAGAAAACAGUACAGAGAAGACACAUUAAUGAUAGUUGUACUCUAUUCUAUACAGUCGACCUAUACGGAACAUAUGGUGUGUGUAUACAUACUGUACACACACAUACACUACCAGUAUCACCAUCAAUGUACAUCAGUGUUAUCGUAAUAGCCAAAUACUGCUGGUAACCAAAAUCACUUGUUUAAGUGCAACAAAAAAAGCAUUUCUAAUGUAGAUUUUAAUUCUGAUUUUGUGGUAUAAUGUUGUAGUAAUUGAAGACACGACUACACAUGAUGAAAUAUCUCUCAAAAUGACCGUCUUUGUUUGGUGUUUUUGGUGCUAGUUAGCUCUUUCAUUUCCUAUUUCUCAGUAGUAUAUUACUGUCCAUUUAUUAUUGUCACCCGGUUUGAAUUUCUCCAUUCAACCUUCAUUCAUAUCAUCCUGUUUUUACAUUUUGGUUAUCAAGGUUGGUCUCUAUUCACUCUUAUGUUUCAGCAUCCUCCUAGCAUAUGGCGCCAGUCUAAAUUACGCAAAUAAAAAAUACAAAAAUGUAAAUUAGAUUUAUUAAUUUUGUUGUAUUUGAUUUUAGCUACAGUAUUUAUUUACACACAAAUAGAUAUUGCCUUCUUGGGCAUUUUAACAUAUCCACCAUACUAUUACGUAGAUACCAAAAAAUAACUACAAAAGCUUCAGCUCUAUACAUUGGGAUAAGUUUGACCAACUCGACUUUCUUUGAUUUGUAAAAUUGUGUAUUAACUGAAGUACUCCACGUGCAUCUCAUAGGAAUGUUCAGCUACUCUUUCUGUACUCAGAACACCAAAAUGCAGUCCGAACACAGUAGUGUUUGUUUAUAGAAAUUAAAUGGAAAAGACUAACCCUGAUGGCACACAGACAUGUGGGAUAUAUGUUCUCACGUUGUGAAUAAAUACAUUUGGCUACUGUUUUACUUUUCUUUCGCUUGGUUACAGGAGUUACAGUACGUUCUAUUUUCUUUUCUUGCUAGCAUAAUGUGAAUUAGCCCAAGAAUGCUCUAUGUAUGUAGAUGUGCACCUUUAUUCUUGUUUUUCGUUUUUGGGGGGAAUUUUGGGGGGAAUUGGGAAAUGUUUGACAGACAGACAGACAGACAGACAGAUAGACAGACAGACAGACAGACAGACAGACAGACAGACAGACAGACAGACAGACAGACAGACAGACAGAGUUCCUUUCAUAUUACGGAUAUAAUCCGCUCACUGGUUCACUUUGUACCUUCUAAAGCAUUGACACAAAAGCGUGUUUCUAGAAAUGGGUACUGUCUUGUUAAUGAAAGGUGAUGUGAAAGGUUUGUGUGAACACGAUCUCGUGACAGUGUUUUUAGCCCAACUAAAUCCAUGGUAAUAGAUAUACACAUUAUAUAGUAUUUCAAAUCAUAACCAACAUCUGUAUAGAUAAUUACAGUACCACACAGCUGAAUCCACCAUAGACUGCAUAUCACAGAACUUAGUUCUUCCUUCACAAACUACAUUUUAUAUUCGAUGUACUUGUUGGAGACGUGGACGUGUACUAUAAUGAGUGAAGCAAAAUCUUGUUCUUUUUUUGAUAACUACAAAUGGCUUAAUUUGCUCCCACAUCUGAUAGUCCAGUUGACGGACAACACAUAGGUACACUAUGAGUGGAGUAUGUUUGAGUGGUCUUUCGAUACAGAUUUUAGCCAUGUGGCAAGCAGAACAGUAGCUUUUGUGAUGCGUUGCCCGUAAAAUAAGUAAAAGUUACUCUACUUUUCACAUUGCCUUUCCAGUAUCAUCAUUAUUAUUGAAAGCUUCAUGUAAUGAUGCUUUUAGUUUUUGGAUAUAAAAGGGAGAGAAAAAAUAACUAUAAAAAAGAAAGAAGAAACUGAAAAAUUUGUAAAACAUCAAAUGUUUUCUUUGUGGCAUGUCUUUUGUUCUUUAAUAAAAUACCGUACUGCAGUGUUUUUGAAUGUUACUUAUUUUUUAUAAAGAUUUCAGAGUGAAAUCAUGGAUCUUUUUCUUGACAGGUUUGACAUUUUAAGAUCUCUCUGCAUAUGUAAAAAUUAAAAAUAAAAUAAAAAGUCUAACAUUGGAAACUGCAAAACUACUCCGAUUUAAAACCUGUUUUCUGUGGAGAAAUAAAUAGCUAACAAGGUGUAGGUUUUAUGGUCUCUUUCUUUGUACUGUUAAUGCAUAUUCCAAAUAAAUUGUUUCUUUUGUCGCA